AUGCCAACUCUCAAAGCCCUCCUCAAAGCCCUCUUGGAAACCGCCAUAAUCGUCGCCGCAGCACGUAGCGUGCAAAACGCCAUCACCACUUUCAAUCACUACACCACAGGUACUGGAAAGGUCGCGGUGUCCAAGACUGAGGUUGCGAUUGAUGGAUGCUCCGCCUUUUUGCCGCGAGAAAUGUGGAGACGGACACACUGCUUCGAAUGUAAGAAAUUCUCCGUCAAUCAAAGCUCUUGUAUUCGAACGAUGACGAUCAAAGCUUUCCUCCUGGUCAUCUACCAGAUCGCAGUCCUCUUCGCCGCCGCAGUCUCCGUGAAGGACGCAGCCUUCGGCUUCAAGCGACACUUUGACGGAGACGAGGAGGUCACGUUAUUGAGAUGCGUCGGCGGAAUGCUCGUCACGAUUAUGCUGCUGGGGAUUGCUUUCAACGCUGUCAAGAGAUUGCUGGACCAAGCUCGCCAGUUGGGGCGUGUAAAUGAAGAGAAUCAAGGAGUGCAGAUAUGA